AGACAACGACAGCUCCCAGGCUCCAUUGAGAACACAUUUCGCCGUGACCCAUUGAAGAGCACGUUCCUCAAAAAACUCGGGCCAUGGGCCUUGGCAGUCGGCCCGUGCGCUAAGCUCCUCCCUUCUCUCCCGACUUCUUCCAAACAGCACUGCAGCUCACCAGCUCUCGACGAAAACUCACCCCAUCAACCUCCAUCAUCAUCACCUCCACGAUGCUGAAGAACGGCAUCGCCCGGUCGCUGCGCGCCUCUGCCCUGCGCAAGCCUGCUUGCCAGCGCGCCUUCCAGCCAAAGACCUUCGUCCCGGCUAUCUCUCAGCGCUUCGCUUCCACCGAGACUGGCCAAACUGGACGCAUUCAUACAGUCAUUGGCGCUGUCGUCGAUGUCAAGUUCGAUGGCGACUCACUUCCUCCGAUUCUCAAUGCCCUCACCACCGACAACCAGGGCAACAAGCUAGUGCUCGAGGUCGCCCAACAUUUGGGAGAGAACGUCGUGCGAUGCAUUGCUAUGGACGGUACCGAGGGUCUCGUUCGUGGUGCCAAAGCUGUCGACACCGGUAACCCCAUCCUGGUUCCCGUUGGAAAGGGCACGCUCGGUCGUAUCCUGAACGUCACUGGUGACCCCAUUGAUAACCGUGGCCCGGUCGAGCACACCCAGAAGCGAUCCAUUCACGCCGAUCCUCCACCAUUCACCGAGCAGUCCACCUCCGCCGAGGUCUUGGUCACUGGUAUCAAGGUCGUCGACCUCCUCGCGCCUUACGCCCGUGGUGGUAAGAUUGGUCUUUUCGGUGGUGCUGGUGUCGGCAAGACUGUGUUCAUCCAGGAGCUCAUCAACAACAUCGCCAAAGCUCACGGUGGUUACUCUGUCUUCACCGGUGUCGGUGAGCGUACCCGUGAAGGAAACGAUCUUUACCACGAAAUGCAGGAGACCGGUGUCAUCCAGCUUGACGGAGAGUCAAAGGUCUCCUUGGUCUUUGGACAAAUGAAUGAACCUCCGGGAGCCCGUGCUCGUGUCGCCUUGACUGGAUUGGCCAUCUGCGAAGAGUUCCGUGACCAGGGUCAGGACGUGCUUCUCUUCAUCGACAACAUUUUCCGAUUCACCCAGGCCGGUUCCGAAGUGUCCGCUCUUCUUGGUCGUAUCCCAUCUGCCGUCGGUUACCAGCCCACCCUAGCCGUGGACAUGGGUCAGAUGCAGGAGCGUAUCACUACCACUCGCAAGGGCUCUAUCACAUCCGUCCAGGCCGUCUACGUGCCCGCUGACGAUUUGACCGAUCCCGCCCCCGCCACCACCUUUGCUCACUUGGACGCCACCACUGUGCUUUCCCGAGGUAUCUCAGAGUUGGGUAUUUACCCCGCCGUCGACCCUCUGGACAGCAAGAGCCGUAUGUUGGAUCCCCGUGUCAUUGGUCAGGACCACUACAACACCGCUUCCCGCGUGCAGCAGAUGCUUCAGGAGUACAAGUCCCUCCAGGACAUCAUCGCCAUUUUGGGAAUGGACGAACUCAGCGAGCAGGACAAGCUCACUGUCGAGCGUGCCCGUAAGCUCCAGCGUUUCCUCAGCCAGCCUUUCGCCGUCGCCACUGUCUUCACCGGUAUUGAGGGCAAGUUGGUCGAGCUCAAGGACACCAUCGCCUCUUUCAAGUCUAUCAUGAACGGUGAGGGUGAUGACCUGCCUGAGGGUGCUUUCUACAUGGUCGGCAACUUCGCCGAGGCCCGUGCGAAGGGUGAGAAGAUCUUGGCCGACCUUGAGAAGUCAUCGUAGAUUUCAUCAAUCGGAUGAAGUGGUGAACAAUGUGGCUGAGGUCCGACUUUCUGAUUUUUGGCGCCCCCACUGUACAGAAUUGAAGUGCCAAAGGGAAGGAAGGCCUAAUUGAGAAUUGUCUGUAUCCCUAGAUCUCGAAAGCGAAAUUUUUCCUUUGUGCGCAAGGAUGUGCUGUAGUACAUACGAUGGUGCUUCUGGUGUAAAACAGCUAUGAAAUCCUUCACACAAUGUAAGAUGGACUUACUCUUGGCGAUCUGCCACGCCAUCGGGAAGUGUCUGUGAGGUUACUCUGCUUGUGAUGGGGUCGGCAAGAUCCGUCUCCAUGUUCGGAUACAACAAAACAAUGCCUUGAAUGCGGAUGUUUACGACAAUCGCAUCAAAUCAAAGAUUCUUCUGUG